CGACACUCGUCUAUUCGUAAAAUGCUCUCGGUUUCAUGGACAAAGUGUUCCUCGUGCGGGACGACACAGAACCCGCCUUGCUCGCGAAUUUCGAGUACUCGGCGUCAACCGGAGGAGUUGCGAUUGAACGGAUUUUCCAUACCGCCGAACCGCCAUCCAAAAGUCUAGAGGUGCCCCCAUUGACGACAAGCAUUGAAUAUAACUCUCCCGGAUAUCCGACCUCUUGGGAAAAUGCAUUCUUUAAGGAAGAAAUCAGUUAUACGAAUCCAGGUUAUGGCGACGUGCCGAUGGGACAGCCCGCUUAUCCGACCGCGUUAACUUGGACGGGCACAUGGGGACCCGCUAAAACGGUUACCCCUGAACGUAUUGCUCAAAGUACUGGAUUAAAAUUAUCCUCCGCCACCAGGUGUCAUACGGCUCUGAUUGCGGCGAGAUAUUUGGACUUGGAAGGCUACAUCCUGCGACGCUUUGUUCCGGUCCUUGACGUAGAAAAUUUGCCAAUCAUAUGCAACUUUGGAGAGUAUGCUUGGGGCAUUGAAAAAUUAAUGGGGUCCGUAACGUCACUCCGUGGUUACGGCUACUCAUUUCAGUACGGAAACUACAAGGAACUAUUAAAAGCGAAGUUUUAUGACCCACGUGACGUUACUGAGCGUCCCUACUGCACAAUUCCUCUAACGCUGACCACACUGAAAAAUGCUUUAGACAAACCGCAAGAUACGGUUAAGAAUCUUUGGAAGCAGCUUGGCGAUAAAAAGUACAUUUUAGAAGAUUCCGACAAAGGUCGCAGCGGUAUUAGCCAUGGCGAAGCUGGAGAUUCUCUUUUAAAUGGUGUUCAAAUGACGGCUGAUCUUAGCAAUCUGAUCCCAGGCGAAACACUUUUUGAAUAUGCCGAGCCGAUUGGGCGUGUCCUUGGAACCCGGAUUGGAAAAACGUUUGGAAAGAACGAAUUUUCCGACAUGUUUGUCAAAUGGCAGGAAAAUCUUAGCAAUCAAACGGAUGUGAUAGUUGACACGAUUUGGUCAAUGUUUAGUAAACAAGGCUAUCUCGAUGCCAAUGGCGCAGUCACGAGCAAAGUUCUUGACGCUGGGUUCAGCUCAAUCGUCUCCAGUAUUCAGAAUCUCGACGUUUCCUCCGUAUUCAAAACCCUGCUCGACUUUUUCCUUUGCGGCGUCAACACAUCCGCGCAGGACAUGCAAGUCUACCAAAGUGACAUGCAUGGAAACAUGGAGCUCUUCUAUAACGGUCAAGACCGCCUAAAUUUUACCUACAAGGCGGGAACCAAUCAAAUUUUGGGCUCGGUCUUAACCCUCCCGAGCGGGGAGAAUGAAUCCAGAACAUACACCCACGAUAUCAAUGGCAACUUGAACUCUAUUUCGCAAGAUGGAGCUGUUCUCCUCAACCUGACCUAUGACCCGCUGACCAAUCGUCCCACCCUUGUCAAGUUAUUGGACGGAACUGAACUCCGAUUUGCAUAUGAUUACAAAGGAGAACGUGUCUUCAAGAAGGUGUUCGACAAAAAUGGGCAGCUCGUCAAGGAGAUUCGAUACCUAGGUCGUGACCUGGACAGAAAAGUGCUGACGGAUCAAGUGUUGACAUAUUUGUCUCCAACUUUGCCGCCUAAGGUGGUUACGACAUCCUACUUUUACGGGCCUCGAGGCCUGUUUGGGUUUCUGAGGGAUGGAACCUACUACACCGUUCUCGUUGAUCGGAUUGGAUCACCGCGAUUAAUAUUGCGAAAUGGGGAGGUCGUUGACGGUUUCAAUUAUCUGCCGUAUGGGAAGGUUUCGUCCACGUGGAAACUUGGGAAUGUCGGAAAUCAUGGAACUGAUCCAAUACUGCGCUACCUAUUUACAGGCCAAGAACUAGACGAGGAGACGGGCCUUUACAACUUUCACUACCGCAUGUACGACCCCACCUUGGGCCGCUUCUACCAAGUUGACCCCGAUGAGCAGUACUUCAGCCCGUACAAAUAUGCCGGGAACAGUCCAAUCCUCAUGGUGGAUCCCGAUGGCCGAUUUGGGUUCCUCAUUUUCUUCAUCGCUGUUGGCUUAGGCCUACUCUUCGGCUAUCUUGGGAUGGCGGCAGCCAACGGGACGUGGGACCCUACCAAGUGGCACUGGGACAAAUGGCAAACCUGGGUUGCCGGAAUUAUUGGAUUUGUGUCCGGGUUCUUGUUGCCGUACGGUUUUGUAGGGACUGCUGAAGCAUUGGUAGGCUAUCUUGGAAUUAGUAGUGAAGCAGCGGUAGUCCUGACUAUAGGGUUGGGUGUGGGGGGAGCGUAUUUGUCGGCGGCAGCAAAUUUUAAUGACUUCAACCCGGCCCACUGGGACUGGUCGUCGCCUGGGGCUUGGAACGCCCUUUUCAACGGCUUCGCUUUUGGAAGCAACAUCGUUGGAGGGGUCAAGGAGGUGUUUGUGUUCUAUGAUAAACUCGAUUCUGUAGCCAUGAAGGCUUUGCUUAUCGGCGGAUCCACUUUUACCGGAGCAGGACUGGGAUAUAUUUCUGGAGUUAUGGCUAAUCAACUCGAGGAUGGCAGUUUUCAAUGGAAUCCUGCCAAGUGGAAUGUGAACGGGGCUACUUUUUUCGCAGUUGUUACGGGCGGCCUUGGUGGUGCCACCCUACCGGUUGGACUCAUAGGGUUGAAAGAUGCGCUUUUUGGGUCGCCUAAGGAGGCAGUCCCUUUCGCGGACGAAGGACAAGAACUAAUGGAAAUGUCUUCCGUUCGACAUGGAAGUAUAAGCAGCAUGGACACCGUUACUAUGGUCUUCGACGAUUCCGCGAGUCUCUUUUCAGAGGGAAUCGAGGCUCUUCAAGACACCGUGAGAAAUGACGACGCCUUCAUCGACAACUCGUUCAAUCUGCCAUACAACACGAAUAACGAUGUGGCAAAUUUUGUGAGAAACACCGAUAGAAAUCUGCCCCUGAUUACUUUCAUUGUAGAAAAUCUCAACAUGAACUUGGAUAAUUUAAUUAGACACCUCGGUCCUAAACGAGCGAGAUCUUUGAGAUUAAAUGCUCCUAUAAAUUUCACAGAGCCAGCGAUUCUGGUUUUUCUGGCCAACAAUGACUACAUAGUGUUGGAAGGGGUUGGAAAGGGUUUCCACCCGGAUGGAGGCGUUUAUCUCUUUAACUCGACGUCAAAUCCUGACCUUUUUAACAUGCUGGCAGAGUCAACAGGACAAGUGGGUACAAUUCCGGUGGGUAAUUUAACCGUGGAUAUUGCAAACUUUUUAAGUUUACGGAAUGCUGCUGCGAUAACUACAUUUAUGACUACCUGGGGCAAUGCGGUGAGGUCAGAGUUAGUUAAAAUUGCUGGGGUAGAGCCAUCUCUGGACAGUGCGGCGUUCCAAGAAGAAGUCGUGAGAAGACUUAUGCACGCAAUAAAUAGCCAGCCAAAACUGGAUCUGAGCAAGAAUGAAGUUGUUAACUGGGUUGUUAUGACCGCGAUGGAGGGAUCUUUGCGGGACGUUUUGCUAAAUCCGAUUAAAGAGAAGGACGAUAAUGCUAGCGACCAAUUAGUUGACGUACUGGGUCGAAUGGGACAGCUCGUGGCAGGGUCAAACAUUGUGCAGAUUAUUGCUUCAAACCAGACGCCAAAUUAUACCGAUGUUAUGCUUCCGCUUUCUGAACGAUGGGAUAUUCCCACCAGUUGCGUACAAUCGGGCGAGAUUUGUGUAAACGGGCCACCGCAAGUAGAGGUCGGUAGCGUCCCGUUUCUAACUUCUUUCAAGGCCAAACCUGAAAAUCACAUUGUUCCCAAUUCCAUCCUCUCCAACGACGGCCUUGUCCGGGGGAUGAAUAUUUUGGACAUGGUUGACUUUACAAACGUGUCUCACGUGGAUCCCCUUCUUGAAAAGUUGACCAGUUUUGACGGACUUGAUGGCUUCUGCUACUUUAAUAACGCAACUUCUUGUCCGAAUAAGGAAAACUUGGGUAACGAUUCGUUUGAAAAUGAGAUUUUUGUUAGAAAUCGAGUAAGACGUGCAGCACGGGAAGAAUCUGCUACGUCCAGUAGCUCCAGUCUCCAUGGUUCAAACAUGAUAACUCGAAGUGUUAAAUUGAUUCGGGGACUUUGGGACAGGAUCAGCCCAGUCAAGCCUAAAACGGAUAAGUCUCACCCUACGCAAUCGGAUAUCUUACACAGUAAAACGAGGUCACAAAACCAAGCUGGGUCACCUUCUAUGUGGAAAAAAUGUGUCCCUUGGGCGCACGACGGGCUCGGCUACGUCGACGGAUUCACCUGCAUGGGCAACAAAGGCGUCGUCUCAGUCGUCCCACUUUCACCCGAAGCAUUAGAAAAUAAUCCUACCUCUUUGAUGACCACCGAUUAUGGCGACACGUAUCGAGACUGUACUUUCUACAGGGACCCGACCCGACCGUUUGGUUCGGCCCAUUGCACCGGCAACAAAAGCGAGAUCCAUUACACAUCUUGGAUGGAACAACGGCCGUUUGAUCACUUGAACGACCACCUGCUCAUGGUGGCAUUGAUCCUGCAUUUUAUUCGAGUCAGUAAGGAUGACGAGGAUAACGUGAAAUCGGAUCUGAUUUCCACGGAUGACGAAAAAAUGACAAUGUGGCGUCAAACCCUAGACGAUAUUGCAAAUAUGUUGGAGUUCUUGACUAUUAGGAAUGAUGCCGAUCAAUGGUGUAGCGUUUGGGGACGUCGUCUUCUCCAGGACAGGAUCGACGAUUGGGACACGUUCAACCGAAAGGGAGCAGCAACCUUGGAAGAGUUUGAGAUCUUUGAGGAAGACUUAGAGGCUUUGUGUGAGGAAGUUGGUGAACUGGUGGAUAAUGCUAUGAAAUUGCUUUAAAGACUUUAGUUCCACCAUUUUUUAAAUUAUCAAGCAUGAAAAUUUUAUUUCAAUAGUUUAACCUUUACAUUGAUUAUGAAAUAACGGAAAGUUGUUGAAUGGUGCAAAAAUGAGAACUAAAAACUGAAACUAUAAUUUUCAAACUCAAAAUUACUUAAACAAACCUCUAAUAUAAUGCAUUAUUGAAUUGCACGUGCAAAUAUGAGGCAUGGAAAUGAGCAUCACUCGUCAAUCAUCACGCGAGCAGUCGUGUGACGGUUCCAUAAAAAGUUAUAAGCAACUGACAUGGACUUGACCACUUAAAAUUGUGUUGUGCCGGCGUGUGCAUGUGUGAUAAAGCAUGCGAAAUUUAUUAUUGAUUAUCUUUCCAAGCAGCACUGUAGUGUAACCUCCUCUUGACUGAAUUUCCACCUGAACAAGACUGCUGCUACCAUCACAUGGCUUGAGUAUUAUACGUGUGACAUACAAAUGUAAUAACUGAUGCUAUGUAAACCUGUGUUUGUACGUAGAGAAAUAUCAUGCGAGCACAAUAACCCUUUUAUAUCCACAAAUGAUUAAUUGAAUCAACUCCACGCAGACAAACGUUAAUGCAACAUUCUAUCUUUGACGUCCGGCUAGUCUCGUCUCUCACUAAAAACAUUGGUCCACAAAUCGAAUACGUUCAUUGAACGAGAACACUUGGUCAACUUCACAUCAUUAUUUUGCAUACCGAUAAGUAAAUUAAGUACUUAACAUGACAACUCCACUAAAGCAUACCGUUUACCUUGUGCGACAGUAAGUUCGAACAUAAAUAGCUAGUUAAUGAGUUACUUCGGAUUAGUAAAAACAAAAGUGUGUAGUUCUUAUUAUUUGCAGCGGUCAGUGCCAUAGUAACGUUACAGGAGAAAAACUGCGUCCAGAGGUUGAUCCGCUCACACAUUUUGGACACAAACAGGCCGCAGCGCUUGGAGCCCAAUUGAAAUCAGUCCCCUUCACGAAAGCCUAUGCGAGCACGUAUCCAAGAGCUGUGCAAACGGCGGAAGGGGUCCUUAAGCAUCAACCAGUUCCUACCGAAUUGAUACUGGAUUCCCGAAUAGUUGAAAGAGAUCAUGGAUAUUUUACCGGUCGUACAGCCAGAGAAAUGUCCUAUUUUAUGUGUGGCGAGUUAAUAAAUGGGGUAAAAUUUAAUGACAUUGAGGUUCCUGAAGCAGAAUCCGCUGCCGAGUUUGUCGAGCGAAUUGAAGGCUUCUUCAAGGAAUUGUUUAACGUUUUGGAACAAUCUGAUAACACGGAGACCGUAUUAGUCGUGUCGCACGGAAUGUUAAUGUGUCGUUUUUUUGCUGGAUUAAACGAUGACACGUUUUCCAACCUCUGCACCGUGUCAAAUUGGACGAGGGACUGUUUCGCCAUGGUGCAUAAUACGUCUUGCACAAGCUUAACGGUGGAAUUUAAUUCGGAUAAUAAACCCGUACUGACUUUUGGAAAAGUUUUGAGCACGGAGCAUCUUGAAGGUCUGGAGGACGAAGGUCACGGCCCGUUCCAACAUCCCGGCAAGCAUUUGUCAUCGGAGGAAAGAUCACAGCUUAUCGAAAAGGUGAGGAAAACUCCUGGCGCGGCGAACGACAUACCCGGAUGUGCUCCGGUAUAGCUAACUAUAAUAUUUCAAAUACAAUUAAAGUAUAAAUUUGUUUGAGUCACAAAGUUUGUAAAAAUGCAAUAACGAAAAUAAAAACUUUAUAUGUCAGGA